AUCGAAUUGCCCGGUAAAUUACCAAGGGUAUUGUAUCAACAUUGGAGAAUUAAUUUAACUGCGGAUUCAUACAAAACAAAACAGAUCUUAUUUUAAUAACUAAUCAUUCCCAUAUUCCAAAUCCGAUCGAUUUGGGGAAAGUUUUCUUGUUACUGUAUUUAGUGCUAGGACACCUCCGUGUUUUAUUGUCGCUCAUCUGUUUAAAGAGUUUAAAUAUAGUUUUGCGUCAUGCGUGAUUGAGUUUCUCUGCUAGUGUAUCUGUUUGGCGCUCCGGUGAGAGAGGCUGCGCCCGGAGGAGGAUAAGGAGCAUGAGGAGAAGGAGGAGGAGGUGAAAGCGUCACAACAUCACUUUCUCCCUUCUUGAGCACAAGUGCGUGCUGCACGGAUGCGCGGACUUCUGCAGACAGGCAACGUCUAACUGUCAUCAGAGUGUGUCUUUUAAUAUGUGAUUUUAAUGAUGCAUCCAUGGAAUUGGUUGCUUUUACUCGAAUAAUUAACGAUUUCGUGUUUGGCGGAGAUGCGGCUUUAGCGACUCUGACUGGUCGAAAAGAGGAUUGAUUUGAUUUAUUUUUAGUGAUUUUGGGAGAAGCAUUCAGUCACCAAACCUCUUCACGAAAGCGUCGUGUCCGACGGAAGGAAUUGCUGCGCGUGGGUCCGUUUCGCGGAUGAUCCCCAAUCAAUAUAUUGAACUCUGUGGAGAAUAUUAAUAACACCUGCACAACGGGAAGGGCAGUUACGUGACACUAAGAAUUUUGUUUUUGAAAGAGUGGGGGUCUACGGAUCAACUUCCGCAAGUCUGGAAUAUUUGGAUCGAUGAUUUCAAGAGGACGGAGGAGCAAAUUCAUUUAGGUCGCCAACAUGUUCAAGAGGGUAAUCGUUGACUGGGAGUUGCAACAAAUGUCUCAACGCCUCUUUUUUUGAAGAAUGUGCCCCUUGUUGUGGAGGUGCGGGCUGGAGUUCCUGCUGGUUCUCUGCGGCCUGGAGUUUUCCUGGUCCUGCCCGCGUCACUGCAUUUGCUACACAGCGCCGAGCACAGUCUCGUGCCAAGCGCACAACUUCCUGACGGUCCCCGAAGGCAUCCCGCCCGACAGCGAACGGAUCUUCCUGCAGAACAACAAGAUCCACCGGCUUCUCAGAGGUCACUUCAGUUCCAACACAGUGACCCUCUGGAUAUACUCCAACAACAUCACAUACAUCGAGCCGUCGACCUUCCACGGCUUCGUGCUGCUGGAGGAGCUGGAUUUGGGAGAUAAUCGCCACCUGCGCUCGCUGGCAGAAGACACGUUCCACGGGUUGAACCGGCUCAGCGCUCUCCACCUGUACCGCUGCGGACUGAGCUCGCUUCCCAAUAACAUCUUCCAAGGACUAAGGAGCCUGCAGUAUCUCCACUUGCAGCAAAAUCAUCUGAAAUUCCUGCAGGAUGACACAUUCGCUGACCUCCACAAUCUGAGCCACCUGUUCCUCCACGGAAAUCACCUGUGGAGACUCAACCAGAACACCUUUCGGGGUCUUCAUGCCCUGGAUCGUCUCCUUCUGCACCAAAAUCAGAUCGAGUGGGUUCACCACCUGGCGUUUCAUGACCUCAAACGUCUCACCACCCUCUAUCUGUUUAACAACUCCCUCAUGCAACUGUCAGGGAACAGCCUGGACACGCUGCCCGCUCUAGAAUACCUGCGUCUCAAUGACAACCCCUGGUCAUGUGACUGCAAGGCCCUCACGCUCUGGGAGUGGUUGAAACGUUUCAGAGGCUCAACGUCCUCUGUAGGCUGCCAGACGCCUAUGGACAUGGUUGGAAAAGACCUGAAGGAACUGCACAAGGAGGACUUCCCCAACUGUUCCCCAAAUUCGGAAUCCAGAGCCCAGACCAACAACUUAUCCGGCACAGUCAGCCCACCGUUCAUGAAUCGCGGCGUAGUGGCGGGCUCUGGGGGGCAGAACAACGUGGUGAACCCCUCCAGGGCCGGCCGUCCUCGCAACUGCGCGAAGAACCGCAGUCGGGGGAGCAAAGGGAAGGGCGACAACGAGGUCCACCACACGAAGGAGGUCAUGGCGGACAAGGAAGAUUCCUCUCCGGACUUCUCCGAUGGCGGAAAACACGAUCACACGUCCCCAGACGGGACCGUCACGAGAAGAAAGCACAAGUGUGUUCCGCGGACCACUGUUCGACCCCCUAGCGGGGUUCAGCAAGCCAACAACCGGGCGACCUUAUCCCGGCCCUUAUUAUAUGUCUACGCCCUUGUGGUUGCCUUGACGACAACAAAUGCUGACAUUUUUCUGCGCUGAUCUACGGCGGGUCUGGUCAAAGGUUACUGGAAGGAAGACGGCCCUCAACACACUUUAUUGCUCCUGGCCCCUGUGUCUUUUUGUGCGAGUGUGAUUUUGUCUCAGUAUUGUAUAGGAACCGUAACCAUUCAGAUGAGCACAAGCAUAAAAACGUCCGAAAGACUUGCAGGGAAUCCCAGUGACAAAAGGUUCAUGCAGACCAAGCGUGCACUGCCACUAAAGCCAGGUUUCAUGCUCAUGUGUCUUUCUGUUGGUCUGUUUCAGCUCUGGACCUCCAAUAACCAAAUAUUAUGCAGAGGCGGGCAUGUCAUCGCUGCAAGUCAUAAAUUUGGUCUUCUCCAUCGUGCGAUACAAUUAAACUGGAGAGUCGAUGACUGAUUGUGUAUACGGCCUCUAUCACGCUCCAAUUCCUUCCUUGCUAGCAGCAGGUCCAAAAACAGAAAAAAAUGUACAUUAACAGACCUAGGAAUGUAAAUAUUCCUGUUACAAAAUGGAAUUUAUAGCCACUGUUGAGUCAAGGCCAUACAUGGUACGGAAAAUAAGCUUACUCACAGCAAGACAUCGCUCCAACCAACUCCACACAGUAAGCUAGCAAUUAACCCCCCCCUCAACACAUGAGGCUGCCUUCUCAUUUAUUUACACACAUUCGCCACUGCCCGACUGGAUGUGAAGCUGCUAAUAGUGUCGGGAAGCCGUGAACUGCCAUGUGAUAUAACCCAUUCGCUUGGUUCCGUCUUCGGGUGAUGAAGCCACCAAUGUUUCUGUAUGUCGUGCUUUUUUUUGUUGUUUUAUUUUUUUACUUUUCAAGACACAGCGUGGACUUAACGAUGAACCCAUGCAGCGGGGCCAGCAGGAAAAGUCAAACAGGGCUUUGUCAGUUUGCACAGUGAACUGAUGUCGAACUGAGCCCGCCAACCGACUGCUCAUCGCAAACUGAGGAAGACAUUUUAUCCAGACUCACUUGUCAUUGGCAUACAAGACUGGAGGGAGGAGGAAAAAAUAAAUAACAAAAAAAUAAUAUUUGUGGGCUGUGUGUGCUAUUUGACCCGACUUGUGUGAUUUGAGUCCAAUACAAAAGAACCAUUCAAAAGGAGCAUGGCAAAUGGGAAAAGACUUCUGCCCCUCAUUCUGGGAUCCGUUGCGAUCCAGGACAAUCGCAACUGAGGUCCUAAAGGAAUUCUGUGAAGCACACAUUGACUGACGGACAACUAUGUGAUGUGCCAGCCAACUUCUGGAGCUAAUGUGCCUCCCUCUAAUGGACUACGAUGGUAUUUGUAUUGAUGAUGUAACAAUGGAACAGAUUAGCGUGCUGAUAUCUUACAUUUCCUGUCAAACUAUGAGGAAAAAAAUAUAUAUACAGUAUAUAUCAGUGGCAUCAAUUAUGACAACAGGGUUUUGGCUCCUUAAAACGGGAGGCAUUUUGAUUUUAUCGAGCAUUUUUUUUUUCAUGCUAUAUUUUCAGAACCGUCAUUUGUGAAUGCACAAAGUUAUCAUCAUGCGUCCUCUCUCGUUCAAUUGUUUUGCAUCUGUGCGUUCUUUAUGUUGCCAGUGCGUUCCGCGCUGCCUCAUCCCAAGACUCAGAAAAAAAAUUUCUAAAGAUAUUAAAAUCUAUAUCUUCGUAUGUCUCA